GGGUAUUUUAUCUCAUUUCGUAAUUUGUCCCUCUUUCAACUUCCUUUUCCGGUAGUUUAUUCCAAGAUGACUACAAAUAUUAGCAAGAAGCGAAAGUUUAUAGCCGAUGGAGUGUUCAAGGCUGAAUUGAACAACUUCCUCACUCGUGAACUUGCAGAAGAUGGUUACAGUGGAGUUGAGGUACGUGUAACACCUACCAGGACUGAAAUCAUCAUCCUUGCUACAAGAACACAGAAUGUCCUUGGAGAGAAGGGAAGACGUAUACGUGAACUUACCUCCGUAGUACAGAAGAGGUUUGGCUUCCCAGAAGGCACUGUUGAGUUGUAUGCUGAGAAGGUCGCCACUCGAGGUCUGUGUGCCAUUGCCCAGUGUGAGUCUCUGAGAUACAAGCUUAUUGGAGGUCUAGCUGUCAGAAGAGCUUGCUAUGGUGUUCUGAGAUUUAUCAUGGAGUCUGGAGCUAAAGGUUGCGAGGUGGUUGUCUCCGGGAAGCUGCGUGGACAGAGAGCCAAGUCUAUGAAGUUUGUUGAUGGCCUCAUGAUCCACAGUGGAGACCCAAUUAAUGAUUAUGUAGAUACAGCAGUCAGACACGUCCUCCUCAGACAAGGUGUACUGGGCAUAAAGGUGAAGAUCAUGUUGCCUCAUGAUCCAUCUGGCAAGAUUGGCCCCAAGAAACCAUUGCCAGAUCAUGUGAGCAUUGUAGAGCCCAAGGAUGAGCAGCCCCCAGCACAACCAUACAGUGAACAGAAGGGAAGCAAGCCACAGGAUGCUGUAGCUCCGCCUAUAAUGGCAUAGACUCUGUAAUUUAUGUGAUAAAUACAUCAUGUCGAAGAGAAA